ACUCCAUCAUGAAAUCCGUAUUAGUGACAGGUGCGAAUAGGGGUUUAGGCUUAGGACUGAUUAAACGAAUUGUUACACAUACUAAUCAGCCGAAAUAUAUAAUUGGAACGUGCCGGGAUAUCGAAAAAGCUAAGGACUUACAACAGAUUGCAGCUCUUCAUCCACAUAUUAAAAUUCUCAAUUUAGAUGUGCGCAACACAGAAACUUUUGAAAAUUUCGCCCGGGAAGUGGAGGAUAUAGUAAAAGAGGAUGGACUCAAUUUACUCUUCAACAAUGCUGGUUAUUCUCCAAAGUCUACUAGAAUUUCAUUUUUGAAGACUGAGCAAUUAACUGAGACCUUUCAGACAAAUGUUAUUGGACCUGUUAUGUUAACAAAGGCUCUACUACCGCUCUUGAAGAAAGCAGCUGAAAAUUCUCAGAAAAUUUUUUCUGUCAACAGUGCAGCAGUUAUCAACAUGACCUCCGUUUUGGGGUCCAUAGCUCUCAAUAAAGAAGGUGGACUCUACCCUUAUAGGUGCUCAAAAGCAGCGUUGAAUAUGGCAAGUAAAUCUCUGAGUCUUGAUCUGAAGAAAGAUGGUAUACUUGUAACUGCUCUACAUCCAGGUUGGGUAAAAACUGAUAUGGGAGGACCUGGGGCUCCUCUACAAAUAGAUGAGAGUGUUACCCACAUAAUGAAUUUUGUAGAGAACUUGAAUGAAACUCACAAUGGAGGAUUUUAUCAGUAUGAUGGAAAAAAAUUGGAUUGGUGAAAGGCAUGCAUUAUUUAUGAUGUUUUUUACUUAUUUAAAAAAUAAUAAAUACAGAAUGAGAUCAGUA